AAGAACGCGAAACGCUCUCAUUCAAAGUGGCGCCAUAACGGCUACAUCUCAGAUUCCACAAAAUUUCGAUUAUACUAGAUUUUGAAAUGAGUUGGGCGAACUUUGUUUGAAUUCUCUUUGUUUCACUUCCGAAUUGUUUUUCACUUUCAAGAUUUUUCUGGUUUCAUAGGCAUCUCCGUUCGCUUUCCGGUGUCUUUUGAUUUCUAGGGUUUUGUGCACUUUGGAAUUUUUGAAGCUCGCUAGGGUUUACAGAAUUCAGUGAUGGAUCUUCCUCCGGAAGUUGACAAUUACAUCAAGGAAACAAUAGAUCAUGCACUAGGUCUCCCUGUUUCAGCGGAGACACUGGAGUUAAAGCUUCGUGUCUCUCAGGAUACUCAGAGACGGCUCGGCCAAUAUUGCGACGUUCUACAGUCUAAAAUCAAAGAGAAAGACCAGUUAAUUGAGCGCAGUAGGGCUGAAGCGACAAUGAACGCUCAAGCUCUGAAGAAAUUUGUCGAUGAGAACCGGAAAUUGGCUACGGAGUGCUUUUAUCUUUCGAGCCAAUGUGAGAAGUGGGAGAGAGAGUGCUCUUUAUAUGAUCAUGACCGAGAUGCUUUGAUGGAGUUCGGCAACGAGGCGGAUCAGCGUGCGAGGGAGGCUGAGAAUCGUGUUCAUGAAUUGGAGGAGGAAGUUCGACGGUUAUCAGAUGAACUGCAGUUCUUUAAACACGAAUACGAGACUAAAAGGGUAAAUUCAUCUGCUGAUGGUAGAGAUUUGGAGGAUAACUUACUUGAGUUGGUGUUACCGACAUGCAACUGUAAUGAUAGAGCUACUUCUGCUCAUGCAUUUUUAGAAACAUGCAGUGAUCAAGAUUCAAGCCAAAAGCUUAUGGAAAUAUGGAAUUGCUUAAAGCCUUCAACUCAAAAGGCUCUAUCACUAGCUGCAUACGUGAAGGCCGUUGAGAAGGAUUGUGAUCAUCUGAAGGUAAAUCUACUAAGAGCUGAAGAUGAGGUGAAGUUGUUGUAUGAAGAGAAUACGCUUCUUGACGAGGAAAACAAGAGGUUGCUGAAACGAUGUCGGGAGGAUAAAGUACAACAUUCAGGUGAUAGGCAGACCAACAGUGGAUCUGCCGCCAAGUCAAAUAAGCGAAAAUCAUGCCCGAGAAUCACUAGUCCGAUUGAAGGGAAGAUCAUUCUUAAUGAAGUUGAUUCGACACGUCAACCUCUUUCGCCUUUGCAACAUAACUCCCCAGACUCGAGGAUGCAAAAGAAGUAGUUGAAACUCAAGAACCAUAGGUCAUCCCCUCCAUUUUUUUCCUUGUGGCAUUUUGUUGCCAAAGUUGAAAAGCAUGACUGAACUAACAUAGUAGAAUUUGAGUAUAGAAACUAUAACAUAUGUUUUACUAGUAAGAACUAUGAUGGUUGGGCUUUUCUAAAUGGAAGAGCCUUUCUUUCACCUCUGUGUUUUCUAUGUUGCUCGAUGUUAUCAAAGAAAACUUACCUUCGUGCCAA